AUGACUUUUGAAGCGUUCGGGCUUGGAAGUAGCGAUCAAGUGCUUGCGAAAAUGCAGGUCCGUCGCCGGCAGGAGGCUUUUUACAGCUCUGCUAUUUUCAUGCCGAAUGCCCAUUUGCGUUAUUUCGCUGGGCGAUUUCCAUCGCCCCCGCGGGAUGGGCGGAGCAACAGUGUUGCUCUCAUUAAAUAUCGUCGAGGCGGCGACGCGGAUGAUGAUUUACGAAAAUACUUCCUGCAAGACCCUUACAGCACGAACGUGGAGCUGAACGGACAAGUGGAGCUGAAGUGUCGGGCGCCGGAAGGGGUUCCGCCGCCGGAAGUGAAAUGGCUCCGCAACGGAGCCCAGAUCGAUUUCGACGCCAACUCGGACCCGAACCUCAUCUUGUCUUCCGAAGGCAAUUUGAUAAUUGCGCAGGCAAGGCUCCAGGACAUGGCGAAUUACACCUGCGUCGCAUCCAACAUCGCCGCGACUCGCUACAGCCAAAACGCCACGCUGACCGUCUACGUGAACGGAGGUUGGACGACGUGGUCGGCGUGGUCGCCCUGCAGCUCCGCGUGUGGCAAGGGCGUGCGGAAGCGCAGCAGGACCUGCAGCAACCCGGUCCCGCUCAACGGCGGCCUGGAGUGCCCUGGCGCCGACGAGCAAAAGGCGCCUUGCUCGUCCAAGUGCCCUCACGAGGAGGACGCUGAAUGGAGAACGGGUGAGUGGCAUCGUAAAAAUCCGAUCUUCCGCCGCAACCGGUUGCGUGUGGCGGAGGCACUGGCACCGGCGAUCGCCCUCGCUCAUUAA